GUGCUCUACCCUUGUUGACCGAAAGCUAGCGCCGCCAUGGCUAACGAUACUCUUAGCCGUGUGGUCUCACGGCUCCAAAAUCUACCCUCUAUAUCCCUUCCGACUGAUUACCCACGUCCGUCUGGUGGUCAACGACUCGUUGAAGCGGCUCAUUCGGCAGAGCUCUCGGAACAGACAUCUUUGAGUCUGCUCAAGCUUGCUCUAUACAGCGAAAACUCCGGUGAAGAUGAAGAAACCGAACCAUCUUCCGGGACCUCAGCCUUCCACCUUUUACUCGCUGCAUUCGCCGUCCUACUUCAUCGUUACACCGGCGACUCCGAUCUCGUUAUUGGCUCGUCAUCUGCAUCUGCCAGAGAUCCUCUAAUACUUAGACUGGGAGUGGAUCCAAGUGACCCAUUUUGGGCCGUAGUCCAGAAGGUGCAGCAGGUGGAGAAGGAGGCCGAGGCGGACUCGUUACCGUACGAGACCAUCCUUCGCGCUCUGGGCAAGGACAAAGACGAUACCGUGGAGGGUUCUCGACCUCUCUUCCGCGUACGAUUCUUUGACGAAACCGACGAGCAGAAGGAGAACUUUGUGCGCUCGACAAGUCUUACCUCCGAUCUCACUAUUUUCGUCACCCGACCACCAGCUGCGUCCACCCAUGCUUCGCUCGUUCCUCGCAUAUCCCUCCGCAUCAUCUACAACUCCCUGCUCUUCCGAGCCUCCAGAAUCUCCUAUAUCAUGGACCAGCUCUCUGUGCUUCUUCGCAAGGUCGCUUCCAACCCUCUCCUCCCAGUUGGCUCUAUCCCUUUGCUGACGCCACAGCAACGCGCCACAUUACCCGACCCCACAGCCGAUCUGAAUUGGUGCGACUUCAAGGGUGCUAUUCCCGACAUCUUCUCCCGCAACGCGCAACGAUGGCCAGACAGGCCAUGCGUCAUCCAGAGUCUUCCAGCAGCCAACCUCACCGAUCCUCAGGAGAAGCAGACCUUCACUUAUAGCACCAUCAGACGAGCGUCCAACAUUCUUGCUCACCAUCUCAUCCAAGGCGGUAUCAAAAGGGAAGACGUCGUGAUGGUUUAUGCGCACAGGAGUGUCGACCUUGUCGUGGCGGUCAUGGCUGUUCUCAAAGCCGGUGCUGUCUUCUCCGUAAUCGACCCGGCAUACCCUCCGUCACGUCAGACCAUAUAUCUUCGUGUAGCUCAACCACGAGGAUUGGUGGUUCUCAAGGGCGCCGGAAGUAUCAGCCCUUCUGUCCGCGAGUUUAUCACCACCGAACUUCAAAUAUGCGUCGAGGUCCCUGCGCUUGAGCUUCAGGCCAACGGCGAGAUUGUGGGAGGUUCAGGACCGGAUGGGAGCGAUGUCUUGACGCAGCAGCUUUCCCUCGCGGAAGCAGAUCCAAACAUCGUCCUCGGCCCCGACAGCGUCGGUACCUUGUCAUUCACGAGUGGUAGCACUGGCAUCCCCAAGGGCGUCAAGGGACGGCACUACAGCCUGACCCAUUUCUUCCCUUGGAUGGGCGAGCGAUUCGGGAUCGGAGAGCAUUCCAAAUUCACCAUGCUCAGUGGUAUCGCUCACGACCCCAUUCAGCGAGACAUGUUUACGCCUCUUUUCUUCGGCGCUGAGCUACAUGUCCCAACCGCAGACGAUAUCGGAACUCCUGGGCGACUUGCUGAAUGGAUGGCGAACAGCGAAGUUACGGUGACCCAUCUUACCCCCGCUAUGGGCCAGCUACUGUCUGCGCAAGCGACCCGUCAAAUCCCCUCCCUCCGUAGUGCCUUUUUCGUCGGUGAUGUCCUUACCAAGCGUGACUGCACUCGCCUUCAAUCUCUCGCCACAAAUGCCUGUAUCAUCAACAUGUACGGAACGACCGAGACCCAACGCGCGGUCUCCUACUUCGCCAUCCCUAGCAUCGCCGAAGAUCAAACCUUCCUCGCCACACAAAAAGACAUCAUGCCCGCUGGUCAAGGCAUGAUUGACGUCCAGCUCCUUGUCGUUAAUCGCAACGACAGGAACCUUCCUUGCUCAGUCGGAGAGGUCGGAGAGAUCUACGUUCGUUCCGGUGGUUUGGCCGAAGGCUACUCAGACCCCGCGGCCACCGCUGAAAAGUUCGUAGCGAACUGGUUCGCGGCGAACGCCACACCCCGACAAGAUACUCUACUCCAUCCCAUCGAUGAUCAACCGCAUCCCGAAGCACAGUACUGGAAAGGUAUCCGUGAUCGGAUGUAUCGCUCAGGAGAUCUAGGGCGUUACAUGCCGGAUGGCAUUGUAGAGUGUACCGGACGGGCGGAUGACCAGGUUAAAAUCCGUGGGUUCAGGAUCGAGCUCGGGGAGAUUGAUACCCAUCUUAGCCAGCAUCCUUUGGUCAGGGAGAACGUCACGUUGGUGCGGAGAGAUAAAGACGAGGAGAAGAUCCUUGUCAGUUAUUUCGUCCCUCUCGAUGGGCCGGACCUCGAUGGCUUUGCUAGCGAUAUUCCGGACGGGGAGGAUGUCGUUGGCGGUAUCAGGAAGUAUAGGAAAUUGAUUCGAGAUAUCAGGGAGCACCUGAAGAAGAAGCUUCCGAGCUACAGUAUCCCUACCCUGUUUGUUCCUUUGAAGCGUAUGCCCCUCAACCCGAACGGCAAGAUCGACAAGCCAGCUCUUCCCUUCCCCGAUACAGCACAAGCUGCCUCCGCCGAGCCAAAGACCGUCACUGGUCCUUCUGAGGUUACUCCCACAGAACAACAGCUUCAAAACAUCUGGUCCAGAAUCCUCCCUAAUGCUCCUUCCCCCGUUCCCCUCGAUGAAUCGUUCUUCGAUCUCGGCGGUCAUUCCAUCCUCGCCACCCGCCUUAUCUUCGAGAUACGCAAGACCUUCGUCAUCAACGCUCCUCUGGGUCUCAUCUUCGACCAACCGACCAUCGGCGGCUUGGCCUCUGAGGUCGAUGACCUGCGCAAUGCUGACCUCGGCUUGACCAGCAGUACAGCCUCCGCAGAAGCGAAGGAAGCGAAGAAGGCUGCUGUGGCCCCGAGUAUGGAGUACGGCAAAGAUUACGAGGAAUUGGUGUCGAAGCUGCACCCUUCGUAUCCUGCCCUUCCUUCCGACUUCACCAGCCGCCCGUUGACGGUGUUCUUGACCGGUGCCACCGGUUUCUUAGGCGCUUUUGUCCUUCGGGACUUGCUGUCUCGAGAGGCGAGAGUCCAGAAGGUCAUUUGUUUGGUUCGUGCAUCCACGGAUGAGAAAGCCCUUGCAAGAUUGAGGGAGGGAGCUAGUGAUCGUGGCGUCUGGGAUGAGAAAUGGGUCGAGAAUGGAAGGAUUGAAGUCGUUCGUGGCGACCUGGAUCAGGAGAGGUUUGGGUUGGAUGAGCAGACUUGGGAUCGUGUGGCACAUGAGGCUGACGCUGUUCUACACAACGGAGCUCUGGUUCAUUGGGUGUAUCCAUACGAGCGACUUCGCUCGGUCAACGUCAUCGGUACUUUGACGGCCGUUGAGCUCGCAUCCGUUGGCAAGCAGAAGGUAUUCGUCUUCGUCUCCUCGACAUCUGCUAUCGACUCGGAACAUUAUGUCCGUCUGGCCGAGUCACUUGAAGGUGGCGUUCCCGAGAGUGAUGAUCUCGAAGGUGCCAGGAACACACUGAAGACUGGUUAUGGUCAGUCGAAGUGGGUCUCAGAGAAGCUGCUCUUUGAGGCUGGCAGGAGAGGUCUCCGUGGGCAUAUCGUGAGACCCGGAUACGUCGUUGGUGACUCCACUUCAGCAGUGACGAACACGGAUGACUUUGUGUGGCGUAUGGUCAAGGGCUGCGUCCAACUCGGCCUUGUCCCAGACAUCAACAAUACCAUCAACAUGGUUCCUGUAGACCAUGUAGCUCGCUGCGUCUCCCUUGCCACCAUCUCUCCUCUUCUUCCUCCAUCUUCUGCAACCUCGCCACCCCUCCCCGUACUCCACGUCCAAGCACGUCCAAUCCCAACUUUCAACGCCAUCCUGUCCACUCUCUCGGAAUACGGCUUCGCGUCCACUCAAUGUGAAUAUCUUGUCUGGAGACGCAAGCUCGAGCAACACGUCAUGGAAGUGCAGGACAACGCUCUUUUCCCGCUCCUCCAUUUCGUGCUCGACGAUCUGCCGACAAGUACGAAGGCUCCUUCCCUGGACGAUAGUAACAUGACGGCCGUGUUGAAGGCAGAAAAAGAAGGAGUGGAGAUGGUGACAACGGUACCAGAGGACUUGAUGGGUAAGUAUCUGGCUUGGUUGGUCCUUUCGGGCUUCUUGCCCCCACCAACCGAGGGUGAGAAGGCGAGGAAGUCAUUGCCGAAGUUGGAGGGCGCAGCGAAGGCAGUCGGAAGGAGUGGGGCUGCUUGAAAAAAUAAUGUCCAAUAGGGGCUCGGCAGCUCGAGCUGAAAGAUCAAGACAUAUGAGAGUCAAUAAUUAACAUGUUGUUGUUUGUUUGUAGUACGUGUAAUUGAUGUCUUUUAGGACGAGGGUUGUCGGCAGUUUCACCGCGAGCAGAGCAACUCCUUUCGC